UACUUCCAUCAGGAAAUACUUGAUAAGAUUUUGUGUUUUUGCAGUGUGUGGUGCUUUUUGCCCGGGUUAUGAAGUGGAUCUGGGAGCUGUGAAGUGAUUUGGACCUGCAGCAGAAAAGGUGGGUCUUUUCUCUCUGUUCUUUCAUGCAGCUCCAAUGGGCAGCAGGCAUCUUGCUCAGCUAUGAGCGCCUAAAGGCCACGCCGUGUUUGAAGGCAUUCGCGAAUGUGUCAGCUGAGGAGAACAGCUGAGCGAACAAUCUUCACUCUCAGAUGUUAUAACAUUCUGCCGCGCUCCAGUUUCCAGGAGUUUCCAGGGGUUCAGACAGCAUGGCUUCAGGAUCGGAGGGAGACGAUGGAGGCAUUGCCCUGGACAUUGACGAUGUCCACAUGCUCCUCCAAGUGGAGCAUGAACAGAUCCAGAAAAGGACAUUUACCAACUGGAUAAAUGCUCAACUUGCCAAGAGAUGUUCGCCUUCCUACGUGUCGGACUUAUUUUCGGACCUCAGAGAUGGUUCACGGCUUCUGGACCUGUUGGAAGUGAUGAGCGGUCAGUCGAUGAAAAGACAAAAAGGUCGAGGAGUUUUCCAGCAGAGGGCCAACGUUGAGUCGGCUCUGGACUUUCUCAAGAAAAAAUCUAUCAAGCUGGUGAACAUAAACAUCCCAGACAUCAUAGACGGACGUCCUUCCAUCAUCCUUGGCCUUGUAUGGACCAUCAUCCUCCGCUGUCACAUUGAGGAGUUGGCCAGUGCGUUGUCCUUUAGCUCCCGUCACUCUUCCCUGGACUCUGUGUCAAGCCUGGACUCCUGGUCCGGCAGUCCGGUCCCAGCCGGUCCGAUAUCACCUCUGCACAGGCGCUUCCGUGUUUCUGCCAAAAAGGCCCUGCUCAUGUGGGUCAGAGACCAAUGCAAGAAGGUUCACUGCACUGCCAAUGUGAAAGACUUUAAGUCCAGCUGGAGGAGUGGGGAGGCCUUCCUGGCCAUCCUGUGCUCGCUCCGACCAGAACUGGUGGAUCUUUCACGGGUCCAGACCCGAAGCAACCAGGAGAACCUGGAGGAAGCUUUUCACCUGGCUGAGAGGGAACUCCACAUUCCUCGCCUCCUGGAGCCCCAAGAUGUUGACGUUAAAGAUCCGGAUGAGAAGUCCAUUAUGACGUAUGUGGCCCAGUUUCUGCAGUACUCCAAUGAUCUGCCGUCGCCUGAUGAUCAUCUGCAGCUGUUUCCUUUGGAGCAGCCUUCAGGUUUCUCCUCUGAGAAUUUGCAUGCUCACUUCGCUCCAGCAGCUGCUAUCUCACCAUUACACCCGGUGUCACUAAGCGAUCGAGUGCAGGAUAUGAUUCGUUGGCUGCAGCAGGCCUGUAAGGAGCUUUCAAAAACAUGGACAGCUACAGAGGGAUCAAAUUAUGCAGAAAAAUAUCAGGUAUACAAGAACUUCACUGCUUCCUUUGCUGAGCAGAGACGAUCCGUUAUGAAGCUCCUUGCAGCAGCAAGACGGCGCUCAGAACUAAAUCAAGAACAGCAAGCUCUGAGGACAGCGUGGGAUCGGCUGGAGGAAGAGCUGUGGCGGUGUGAAGCAGAUCUGGAGCGGAGUCUUCCUCCUCCUCUGGACUCGGUCGUGUUGUGGCUGCAGAGAGGAGAGGCGGCGCUGAAAGACGAGGGAGAGAUGACCGAAGGUCAUGCAGAGGCGGCCAAACAUGCAAGAGCAAAACAAGACAAACUAAAGACAUUAAUCAAGGAGAUGAAUCAUUAUGUGACGCUCACCGACUCGUUCCACAGUGUUGAUGAUUCUGGGAGUGUGACGGUACCUUCAGAAAAGCUGGACGACAUAAAAAACCGUUUGACUGGCAUCCGAGUGACCACAAAAUACGAAAUAAUAAAGCUGGAAUACGAGGAAUCUCAUCACACGGUCCUGGAUCUGCUGGGAGUCGUCAAAGUAAAGGUCCAGUCCUGGAGAACUCCCUACGGAUCUCAGCAGUCUGUUCAGGUUCUUCUGCUUGACUGGCAUGAAACAGUGGAGCGCCGAGGGUUGCUCUUGAUUCUGACUGAUGCUCUGCAAAGCCUGAAGGGCAAGAUGGAUGUUUACACCAGGAAAGCUUCUCUAGGUGGAGAUUUGCAGAGUGUCACUCGUCAGGUGAAGGAAGCUGAAAGCGAAUCAGAGCUGGUCAAACAGAUGACAGCGGCUGCUAAAGAAAUGAUGGAGAGAGUGGCGUUUGCAUGGGACGUGUACAACAAGAACCUCACUUCUCUUGAGACAUGGCUGGUGAAAUCUUCAGCUGCAGAGACACGGGAUGUGAGCGAAUGGAGUUCAUGUCAUGCUCAGUUGAAUGAGGCGGGAAACCUCCUAAUUGAAAUGACAGAAGCUUCAAUCAGCUCCAGUUUGGUGGAGCAACUCAGCAAAGUCAACCUGCAGUGGGCCGAACGCAUGAAGAAGACUGUGUUUGAAAUACAGUCAGAACCUAAAGUUGGUUCCUCAUCUGUUCUGAUGUUGGAUUCACUAACACAGGAGGCAGGUUUGCUCCUGAGACAGCCUCUGGAGGUAGCUUCAGUCCCUUUGAAGGCUGUCAGACAAAAACUACAGUCCAUGAGAGCAAAGAUCGGAGAAGUGGAUGCAUCAUCCAACAUCCCUUCUGCAGACUUUCAAAAGGGCCAAAGAGAAAACCUUCAGCAAACUCUCUUAAAGCUUGUUGAGGCAGAAAGGUGCUGCGGGGCUCUGCAGAGAGCAGCGUCCCAACUCGAGGGGCGUGUGGCUGAACUCGAUCACUGGAGCAGCGAAGCUCUGGACUGCUAUGAUCAGCUGAUGGAAAGGAAACCCAGAGGAGAACAGUCUGCUGCCAAAGUGUUGAUCUCUCGAGGGUUGCUGCUAGCGCAGCAGGUGGUUGCAGAGUCGCAGCAUCUGGAAGCUUUUGUUGCAGAACAACAGAAAACGUCUCCUUUGCAGACUUUCAGCACCGCUGACACGCAGGACAGGAUUGCAGCCGCAAUCUCCCAAAGCCAGGAGAUACUUGAUAAGUUUAGUUCCUGUGGUUUCAAGCAGCAAGUUGGAGACUUCUGUGAACGGAUGCAACCAGUUGAAACUCUCCAUGCAGACACUGGAUCAUACGUUCUGGCCAGAACCAAACAGAUUGUAGAUGUUAAACUGCAAACUCCAGAACUCAUUCAGCUUCCUGAUCAGGGAGUGAGACGUCGCCACGAUUCCAAACGAAGCACAGAAGACAGGAAGGGCUCUGCUUCCCACGAAAAAAUUAAAACAAUCCCUCAACCUGUGAUGGUUCCAGUUCAAACCGAGAGUCCUGCAGCAGGAUCGACAGAGAUCAAGUCCAGAACAGCGUCACAACCGAACACCACACAGGGACAAACACACACACAGCCGCCGCUCAUGAUCCACAGUGAGGUUCAUCGCAAAGCCCAGUCGAUGGCCAGGAGCCGACUGGAGAAGGCCAGGCUUCGUCUGCAGGGACGCAUCCAGCAAGCCAUGAAGUUAUUCAGUGGCAGAGAGAUGACCGAGUCACAAAUCAAGAAAAAACAGAAAGCUCUAAACACUCUGCAGCCUGCCGUGCUCGAUGAGUUCCUGGGUGCAGCUGAAGCUUUCGGGGCCUUUUGUUCGGGGCCCCAGCUCCAGGACUUGUUGCUUCUCUCUGAGUCAGUCAGAAAUCAGUGGGAGGAUGUGCGCAGAGAAAUGGCUGACUUUAUUUCCAUCCAGGCGUCUAAAAUCAGAGAAGUAAAGCAGCCAUUUACUGCUUGUGACAUUUUUACUAAUGCUCUGCAUGACGCUGCUGACCAGACUGACCACAGUUACUUUCAAGAGAACCGUAAGGCGGUCACCCAGGAGGCUGCAUCUGUCGAGGAACGCUUUGAAUCUCUCAGAGAACUGUGUGAGACUUUGUCAGUGGAGAAAUCCUCCGGCUCGGCAACAGACCGGCAGACAGAGCCUGGGAAAGUGCAGAAAACUCAAAUUAAGAGGGGACAGCAGCCUGCGGUAAACCCCCCGCUGAGUCCGGCCGACACGCAGCCAGGCUGCAGUCUCGCUCCGGAGCGCGGCCUGGACGGAGCGCAACAAGACAUUUUGCCCUCAGGAAAGGCAGCGGACGCUCAAAGAGACGACGACGCCCUGCGGAUGCGAGUCUGGGACGUCCCGCCAGGAAACAAGGACCACCUGAGGCAGAACCAAGGAGACAGGCGGGAGAAGAAGCAGAAGCCUUCACUUCGGGCUGAAGAGCAGCUGCUGCGAGCUCACCUGCUGCACAUCACAGGGAGCGGUCAGCAGGCUCAGAGUCAUAUACAGGCUGUUGUUAGGAGCAACACUGUGGAGAGCAAACAGGAGGCAGAAUGGACCGUCAUCCCAGAACCAGAUGAGCGGCGGGCCACUAAACAGGACGCAACAGGAAGCAGAAUGGUUCCCCUGAAAAGUACCUCCGACCCGAUGGAGUCUGCAGACAGUCAGGCGACAAUAAUAACAGAAAAGCUAAACCAGAUCAUCAGGCAGCCUUUGGACGUCUCCUCUCUGGCGUUGGAUGAAUCCUCACUGUUUUCUGACCUGAAGGAGAUGGAUGAAACGCUGAAGGAUGAGAUGAGAAGGCUUGAAGAGGAGGAACAGCGAGGGCCGGGAGCCACAUCGCAGCCAUUCCUGCGCCAGUCACUCCUCCUCUGUAAUGUUCGUCAUCUGGAGCAGCUCAGACAGCAGCUGGACGGCGUUCAAUCCGCCGUGGAGACUCUGGAUCACUUCCUGGCCACCCUGAGAGACAUCAAGGCUGAGAGUCCAACACUGUUGGCAAACCGAGACCCCAACGAUCGUAAAAAUGAAACGGAGCUGCAAAGGGAGAGACAUUCUUGGCAGGCAGCAGUGGAGAGUUUGAACCCUGUUAUGGAGCAGUCCCAUAUUGUUGACUGUAGCUUAAAGGCGGCAGGGAUGACUCUGACCAUGGAUGGUGCUUCUGUGACAUGUCGGGAUGUGGCGGCCUUUCUGUCCGAUCAAAUGAGAGCCAAGAGGCAAGAGGGAGAUAAAGAACUAGAUAUUCUGGAAAAGAUUGGCGUCCAAAGAAGCAAGGAUGUGGAGGAACCAAGAUUUGCUCCAACUGUGACAGAAGAAGAGUCAACACUGGAGGUUAAGAAGAGGAAGCAGGAGCCAAAAAUUCAAAUAUUGAGAUCUGAAGAGGGUUUCUUGCAAAGAAGCCUGAGCAGUCAUGCUGGGAAAGCUGGAAACGAGCGUAAGGGUUUGGUGCAGAGGAAGUCUGCCUUGUUAGCAGUGCUGAAAGAGACCAAAGCAGCAGCUGAGAGGUUGGAGCUGCUGGAGCCGACGCUGCCGGCCCUGCAGCAGAGGACGCGGGCUUUGACGGAGCUGGAGAGUUUUCUUGCCAGCCUUGACUCUGAGGUUCAGUACGUUCAUGAUGCGUCUUCAAAAUCAGAUUUCCCCAAGGAGAAUCCGAGCAGAGAGGUGGAGGAUCUCUGGGAGGAGACAAGGAAAGCCACAUCAGAACGGCUGGAGCAGGCUCAGGCCCUGACCGAACUGCUGAGGAGGUUUCAGAUUAUGCGAGCUGAGCUGGACGGCACGCUGCAGAAGGCUGAGGCAACCAUAGCUCAACAAGCCUCCUACAUCGGAAAAGAUUUCCUUCAGAGGCUGUACGCUAAGGUUGGAGAGACAAAAGCAGAGCUGAAUGGUCUGGGAGACGACAUAGAGGAGGUCCGCAGCGUCUGCAGGCAGCUGCAGUCUCUGCUGCGUCAGGUCCCGGGCUGCAGCGGUUCUCCGUUUGAGAACGAAGCCGAUGCGCUGAUGGACCGCUGGCUGGAUCUGUCUGAAAGAACAAAUUCCCAGCUUGAAAACCUCCAUCUUUGCUUGAUGUUAUGGGACGGAGUCCUGCAGCUGGGGGAGGAGGUGGAGACCUGGACCAACAGCAGAACCGCGGCGCUUUCUCAGGGUCCGUCCUUCCAGACGGAGGACGACAUUAAGGCUCUGCAGAAUGAGAUUAUGACCCAAGAGGAGAGUACACGGCGUUUCCACAGAAAAGCUGCAGAGAUUCAGUCGCUGCUUCAAAGUGCAGAGCCCCCUCCGGAGCUGCAGGAAUUAUGUCGGCGGCUCCACACCGAAGAUGAACAAGCGCAGAGUUUACUGGAGGAUGUGCAGGUUCUGUCCUCCAUCGCCGGCCCUGGCAGCCUCCAGAGUCUCUCUGUCAGAGGGAUUGAACUGGAGGAGAAGCUCAGAAACACACAUCAGCUUUUCUCCGAGGUGGAGGAGCAGACCGAGAGGAAUGUCCACCACCUGGACAGGUAA